AUGAGCAAGUUCGCCCCCGAUAAUCCAGAAUCCUUAAAAAGGGCCAUACUACGACGGGCCAAAGACAACAGCUACAAAGUUGGCCGCAUAGCCGCUCUAGACUACGGCUGGGAGGCCUGGGUACAAGCCGAUCUAGGCUGUUACCUAUCUGUGGAAGCCGACACGACCGAAGCAGUCCUACAACGGGAAGAGUACCCAUAUGGUGACGGAAGGCGUGUAGACCUAGGUAUCUACGGACCUGAAAAUAUUCCCUGGCACUGGAUCGAAAUUAAGACCCAAACGCCCAGCCAGGGAAAACAGGAUUUCUUGGAUAAUCUAAUGGCCGAUUGGGCCAAACUUGACGAUGUAGUGGUGGGCCAGCAUCACGCGCGACUGUGGGCUGUGGGGUUCUGGCAGAGUGAUGGACAAGGGAAACCGAAAGGCUUUGCAAAUUGGGAUUUCGAGGUCGCGAAUGGUAUGAAUGUCUUGUACAGGACUAAGUACAAUCCUAAGUUUUCGAAACUCUAA